CAACACUCCUGCUGUUAGUUUUCAUGCCGGGCCAGAAUUCAUUUAAAAAUGUAAGAUCAGCGAAAGCUUGUUGAUGGAUGUGGGAGCGGAAACUAUGUCUGAGGUCACAGCCAGAUGAAUAUCACAGCUCAGUCGUGUUUCAGAGUGCUUUCAGCCAUUUUAAGCAGCACUAUGCAGUGAACCGAUGAAGAGAAUGUUUCUCAAAUUAGUUUUGUUCUGUUUGUGUUUGUGGCGUCUGGUCGGAGUGUUUGGUUACACAGCACGGGCAUCAGUGUCAGUGAUUAAAGGAGAAGCUGUCACUCUAAACACUCGUCUUACUCAAAUAAAUCAGGGUGAGUGGAUUCAGUGGUGGUUUGGGAAAUAUUUGAUAGUUGAUACCAACGUAACGACUGGCAGCAUGACUGUAUAUGAUGAUGGUCCUGACGGGAGAUUCAGAGACAGACUGAAGCUGGACAAUCAAACCGGAUCUCUGACCAUCACAAACACCACAACUGAACAUGCUGGACGUUAUGAAUUACAGACCAGACCAAUGAGCAAAAGAUUCUAUCUCACUCUCUAUGAAGAAAUAUCAGUGACUGAGGGAGAUUCUGUCACUCUAAACAUUAAUCUUACUGAAGUAAGUGACAGCGACAUACUGUGGGAGUGUGAAACAGAUAUGGCUUUAAUAGCUGAAAUCAUCAGAGCUGCUGGACGAUUCUCCACAUUUGAUGGUCCUGACGGGAGAUUCAGAGACAGACUGAAGCUGGACAAUCAAACCGGAUCUCUGACCAUCACAAACACCACAACUGAACAUGCUGGACGUUACAAACUAACGUUAAAUGGAAGAAAACGGGUAUCAAAAGCAUUCAGAGUUUCUGUCUAUGCUCGUCUGCCUUGUCCUGUCAUUAGCAGUAAUUCUUCACAAUGUUCAUCAUCAUCAUGUUCACUGUUGUGUUCAGUGUUGAAUUACAGACCAGACCAAUGA